AAAGGAAGGAUGAAUGGACAGACUUUGAUUGGCGGCGCUGAUGACGCCCGUCCUGGUCCACUUUGGACAGACCCUUUUGGAAAUAAAGCUGGUGAGGCAGCGCACAGAGGCGUCCCCCCGCUAACCCUGGCCCUGGCCGGCGGGCCGCCAGAACAGGAGUCGGAGGAAGAGACAGCCAUGGAGGACAGCCCCACUAUGGUUAAGCUGGACCAGGGUGAGAAUCAGGUUUCACCAUGUCGAGGGAGAAGGUGCUUCCCCAAGGCCCUCGGCUAUGUGACCGGGGAUAUGAGAGAAUUUGCCAACUGGAUUAAAGACAAACCACAGGUGCUCCAGUUCAUCGACUGGGUUCUUCGUGGCCUAUCCCAAGUGGUGUUCGUCAGCAACCCUAUCAGCGGAAUCCUGAUUCUGGUGGGACUCCUGGUCCAGAACCCCUGGUGGGCUCUCAGUGGCUGUGUGGGAACAGUGGUGUCCACCCUGACGGCCCUGUUGCUCAGUCAGGACAGGUCCGCGAUCGCAGCAGGGCUCCAGGGCUACAAUGCCACCCUGGUGGGCAUACUCAUGGCUGUGCUUUCAGACAAGGGAAACUACUUCUGGUGGCUGCUACUCCCUGUAUCUGCUAUGUCCAUGACUUGUCCAGUUUUCUCAAGCGCAUUGAACUCCGUCUUCCACAAAUGGGACCUCCCUGUCUUCACUCUGCCCUUCAACAUGGCAUUGUCAAUGUACAUUUCGGCCACAGGGCAUUACAAUCCGUUCUUUCCAGCCAAAUUGUUCACACCUGUAACCUCGGUUCCCAAUGUCACCUGGACUGACCUCAAUGCUCUACAGUUACUGAAAUCCCUGCCUGUGGGUAUUGGUCAGAUGUUUGGCUGUGACAAUCCAUGGACAGGGGGCAUCUUCCUCUGUGCCAUCCUACUCUUCUCCCCGCUCAUGUGCCUGCAUGCUGCCAUCGGGUCCUUGCUGGGCAUUGCAGCCGGACUCAGUCUUUCAGCUCCGUUUGAGGACAUCUACUCUGGACUCUGGGGUUUCAACAGCUCUCUGGCCUGUAUUGCCAUUGGGGGAAUGUUCAUGGCGCUCACCUGGCAAACCCACCUCCUGGCUCUCGCCUGCUCCCUGUUCACUGCCUACCUCGCAGUCAGCAUGUCCAACCUGAUGGCUGUGGCCGGAUUGCCGUCUUGCACAUGGCCCUUCUGCUUGGCCACACUGCUGUUCCUCUUGCUGGCCACGAAUAACCCCAACAUCUACCGGAUGCCCCUCAGUAAAGUCACUUAUCCUGAAGAAAACCGCAUAUUCUACCUGCAAGCCAAGAAAAAAGGAAUGGUGGAAAGCCCUUUGUGAGAGCAGCUCCCAUCCACAGCCAUGGUCGCGAGUCAUUUCUGACUGACUGCCAGUGUCUCAGCAAACUGUUAUUUUUCACUAGUAACAACUUUUGUACUAACGCCUCAGUGAUCUGUCCUUACGCUCAUUUUGUAUUUUUCUUUUAGAUUCCAGGAACGUUCUCAAACAUGCGAGUGACAUGUCCAGAUGACAUGCUCCGUCUAUGAACUGUAAUCUCUAGUGGGGCCUUGGCACUAACACUGUGAUAUAUUGUAAAGCCAAAAUGCUCCAACGGAAGAGGCAGUCAGACCAGAGCAAACUAUUGAUACUUACUGAUAUUCUUGGUGUUUAGUUGGCUACAUGAUGUUAACAAUAUUAAAAAUUAAGCUCUGUAAACCAACUAAGCCUUAAGUGAAUGGAAUUCAUGGUCGCAAAAUCAAAAUCAAUGCAGAAUUCUCAGAUAAGCAGUUUGACUUGUUUAAAAUCAAUGCAAGUUACACACAACAGGCACAGCAAGCACUGUAAGGGUGCCAGCUGAUCACGGCUCUGGCUCAUGGGCUCCUCAGCAGGCCCGCCUCAAUGUUGCCCAUGUCUGUGCCAUUCUCUUAUAGAUGGUAGUGUUUUUCUCAGGCUGACGGAGCUUCAGGAGAAAAGGAUUCUAUCAAGCCAAAUUAUUCCAUAUUCUCACUUUUCUUGGAUGUUACAAAGAAUUUGUUAAUGUAGAGUUUAUUAUCUCUUAUGAAUGGAUUUGUUUUCAGUGAGGUAAAAUAAGGGGAAGCUCCUGGCUUAACCAAUUCCUACAUAUUAAAGAAAAGUUAUGUUUUUAUAAAAUACUCAGCAUAGUUAUUUUUACUUGAAUCCUCAAAUUAAUUCUGUAAAUGCCACAAAUGCACAGAAUCAAACCAUUAACACCUGAGGGUCCUAGAAAGCCAUGUCUUCAGUUCAUUAGAGGAUGUCUUAGAUGUUAUAAAGACUGACUAACAGUUAAGGUCAAAUUGCUUCUAGGUAUUAAGAAGUUGUUGAAUUUCUUACUUUAAGAAUAAAUUCGUUAUUUUCUGAACACUCACAAUAUUCUCACUCAAAAACCAACGAUAUUUGAACUACCAAAAGGAAAUACAGGUAAAGGAUUCUCCUGGGGUUUCUAUUUAUUUGUUGUUAAUUAACAAGUUACCAGUCCUACAAAGAUCCUGUAACCAAACAUGCUGAAGAUGGUGAUGGAAAGUUAUGUUCAUGACCUUCCACCUCAGAAUGUCUCCAUUCAGGAUUUUUGCAGAUUCAGGAAGUGACACUGUGGGACUCUAAAGCCUAAAGGUUUUCUCCUCUUGGGUUUGCAGUGCUCAGUGUAAAAUACAUAGUUUGAUGAAUGAAUAAAUAGAAGGGAAGUAAGUCUACAAAUAUUUUAGGGAGAAGUUCACAUCUUCCUUUACUCAGGAAAACAUUGUUCCAAUUUUGAAAACCCUGUGACUAAAGCCUUUUGAAACCAUGAAUUUGCAGCUGUCGUGUGUAUUCCUGUGGAAAAACUAAAACUUCAGUGUUUGAACUGAAAUCUCCCUCAUUAGGGAAUUUGUGAAAUAAGAGUUGAGUGCAGGUGGAGAGGGAGACAGAACACCAAGACAACCCAAGGCUUACCAGGCGGGAAGAGCCUGGGAUGGCGGAACCGGGGCCUCCAAAUGGCUCUUCAGAAUGGAGCCUAGGGGGCUAAUUACACCUGCUCUCCUGCACUCACACAGACUUGUAAAUAGGAACAUUUAAAAGCCUUUGUACGUUGUCUAAUUUAAAUGGCAUUAGUUUUCUCAAGCUAUUUUUGUUACUAAGUAUUAUUCUAAAAUUGAGUAUUUUAUUUGUUUUCUUAGCAAGCACUAGUAUUCUUUCCUAUUGUCUGUAUAACAAAUCUCCAUGUAAGAAUACGAAUAAAUUAUACUCACAGCUCA